AAAAAAAAAACUUUUUAAUUUCAAAAAAAUUAUUUAUUAUAUUUUUAUUUAAUUAUAAAACAUUUUAACUAACCUAUUUAAUGUAAAAAUUUGACAGUUUUGAUGAAAUAUUUAAGGCGUGUUAUCCUCGCGUAAGGUUUCAAAUAACUUGGCAUUUACGCUGUACGAGGACAAAACUUAGUUUCGGAUAGAAUUGGAUAUUUACUGUUGAUGUUCCAUUAUGAAUGAGAGUAAUCUUCAAUCGACUCCCAAAACCAAUGCCGCUACUGGUUUCUUCCAAACCACCACUCCUAAACAAGCGGGCGGUGUUAGCUUUGGUUCUACUACCAUGUUUAUGCCUCCAGCAUCUUCCUCUAAUACAAGUACUCCAAAGACUACAGCAACAGGUAAUGCAACAUUGUUUAGUUUAUCUACUACAACAGCUACCUCUGCUCCAAUGGCUAGUGGUGCAGUUACAACAUCAUCAUUUCCCAUUAGUUCUUCCCCAUUAACUACUCAGCAGUUCAAGCAACCUUCUACUUCUCAACCUAUGCAACUGAAAACAACUGCUAGUACCGCUAUGCCUUUGGGUACUGGCUUAUCAUCAAUCGGAGGAAAUGCUCCAGCCAGUACUGGACUGAAUUUCGGAAGCACUGCUAAAUCUACUAAUGCUGGAGCCACUUUGUUCAGUGCAACUAAAAGCGCACUUGCGCCUGCCAACACGGCUGCGACAACUUCAUCUUUAACAUUGCCACCUUCUUCCACAACAUCUCUCACUAGUUCAUUAUCAAACAAACCUGUUACUAGUACUGGUCCUUCAAUCUCUCAGCAACAAAAUCUUACAUUUCAACAAUUGGAAGAAUUGAUUUUGAAUAAAUGGACUGCAGAAUUAUACGAACAGGAGAAAGUAUUUUUAAAUCAAGCAACACAGAUUAAUAUAUGGGACAAGGUUAUUAAUGAAAAUGCUGAAAAAUUAACUCAGUUACAUUCUACUAUGGAGAAAGUACGGAAGCAACAAGGAAAAAUAAAUGAUGACCUAGAAAUUAUAUUUACUCAUCAGAAGGACUUGGAAGCAUGUCUUGUUCCCAUGGAAAAGGAAGACUUACUUUCGGUCCUUAAGGCUGAUCCGAAUAGAAAAAAUCUGUAUAUAAAUGCUAAGAAAAUUGAUUCUCAGAUUAAAACAAUGUCAGAGGAUUUGAAGGAAACAAUUGAACAUAUCAAUGAAACGUCACGAUCACAUGAUACAGAAGAUCCCGUCAUCCAGGUAGGGCGAAUUUUAAAUGCUCACAUGGAAUCUUUAAGAUGGAUAGAUGAGCAUACUGCUAGAAUGCAAGAUUAUUUUGAUUCUUUAUUAAAAAUGCACGAUGACUUGAGGAGGGAAUGUGAGAUAAGCAAACAUGAUGUAUAUUAAAUUGUAUAUAGUUGCCUAAGUUUGAAAACAAAAACAUUAUAAAAAUGAAUACUCUGUGAAAACCAACUGUGCUAUGUUAUUGAUAAUAAUAUUAAAUAUAUUUUCAUGUUUGUAAAUAAUGAUGGUUUGUAAAUUCUACUUGAAUUUUGUCAUUACCAAUUCUAUUUUUAUUUCUAAGUAUAUAUUUUUUUUUGUAAUUUAAAAAUUGUUCAACUCUAAUUUUUUUAUAAAUAUUUUAAUUAAGAUCCACUUUUGAAAAUAAAUAAAAUAAUGUAUUUUCUAAUGUCUGUAAAUAUAUCAUUUCAU